AUGCCUAGAACUAAACGACCUGUUAAAAAACAAGAAAAAGCGGCUGACGAUGACGAUACCUUGAAGAAAUUAAACAAACUAGUUGCUGACCAGAAGAAUAAGAUAGAUUCCCGGGCCCGCAUGGAACUGAGAAACGUUGAAUUGGCAUUCAAAAUACUGCUUGGUUCCAUUAGUAACACAUACUUGCAGAAAACAAUUGGUCAAUUGAAAACUGAGCUGCCUCUUAAAGAGGUGACAAAUUCAACACAAAGGUCUACCAAACGUAAUUCAAGCCGUGCCGCCUCUCAUGAUGAUGGCUACCUCACCGAGGGCUCGACGCAGGGCUCUGGAGGCAGGGGCGCCAAGAAGACUCCAGGGCCCCCGAGCAGCUCCGGGCGGGCGCCGUGCGGCGGGCGGCGCUCCCGCUCGGCGGACGCGGGCCGCGCGCCCGCCUCGUGCAAGCCGCAGCGGCGCCGCUCGCGCUCCGUCUACCGCACGCCGGCCUACAACAAGAACGCCGCCGUCAACUUCCCCGUCAUCACGCCCAAGGUGACGCCACACACUCCCCUGACAGUGCUGAGGCGACCGCGCCAAGGCGAGAUGGUGCUUUCCAUGUCCGGCUCGCCAGUUAUGGUGCCCUCAUGCUACACGAUGCAGCCUGACGAGAAAGCAAACUGCAACAUACUUCUGCAGGAUGGCACCAUGCUCUCUCUGCAACCGAAACAGCUGCGCCAGUCCCAAGCGUACAUCCCCUUCUCCCUGAUGGACAACAAUGUACUGCACCAGCUCAAGACCCUGAAGGAGAACUUGGAGAAAGUUGUUAAGCUUGGUGAAAAGGCCAUAGUGAAA